CACAUAAACGAUAAUCCCCAUAUUUUUUUGGUCUGUCAGAUAACAAAUCUAUUUUCAAUUCUACUGAUUUACUAUAGCCUAACUCGAGUGUAUCGGUUGCAAAACAUUUACUGAAACUAGGUAAAAGGUCAUACAACUUAUUUCUAUCAUUUUCUAACAAAUCCCCACAAUUUAUGUUGCCCAUUUGUAACUAUAGAGUGCUGAGUUCAUUGCCUUCUUCUAUGAUUGGAAAUUUACUCCAUAGCAUAGCUUGAAUCCUUUUGUUAAAAUUUGCCCUUUUUCCGAACAUAUAGGUCUAUUACCCCAAUUUAUUACAUUUAAAGUUUGAACUGCAACACUAACAAUGCAUCUUUGUAUAGAACAAUUUUGGGAACAAGUAAAUAGCUGGCCACUUAUAAUGACAAUAUCUUGGGUAUUAUCUAAAGCAAUCAAUAUUCUCUUAGAACUUAGAGCAGGAAUAUGUACAUGCUCGAAAACUUCAAUAGGCAAUUUUUCUAUUUUAUGUAGGAAACUAAACAUUACUAACAAAUUAUUUCCAGCUGGUUUUAAUUACACAUGUCCACCUAUGAUAUUCAAAAUCACAUUUUUGCUAUUUAUAAUCGGUUGUCCAAUAAUAACAUCAACUGGGGACAUAUCAACAUUCACAAAUACCAAAGACGUACUCAUAAAAAUCUUGCCAAUAGAUAUCUCUACCUGACUGGAUCCUUCUGGCACUAUGUGGGAGCCACUGAAAUUCCUUAUGUCAAUAUACCCAUUGAAAUUUUGACCAUUGAUUUCUACGGCUAUAUUAUAAAAGGAAUUGGACACUUGCCUUUGCAAAAUUCUGACAUUCUUAAGGCUUUCCUCGUUCCUUAGUCCAGCAGUUUUCAGCUAGGUGUCCCCUUUUUUCGCA